GAUACCAUAGUUGAUUGCAAAUCGGAUUUCAGUUGGAUUCUGGAUCUGGAUUUGGUCAAGAAAAAUUACUUUAUCAAAGUUACGAUGUCGUCAAUUGAUAUCGAAAAGGUGAAAAUCCUAGUCGUAGGGGAUUCUGGUGUUGGCAAGUCAUCUCUAGUACAUUUGAUAUGUCAUGGGCAACCUAUUUUGAAUACCUCGUAUACAAUAGGAGCAUCACUUGAUGUAAAGAUUCACGAAUACAAAGAAGGUACACCCUCUCAGAAGACAUGUUUUGUUGAAUUCUGGGACAUUGGUGGGUCUGUUAACCAUGCCAAUAGCAGGCAUAUAUUCUACGCAUCACUCAACGGUAUCAUUCUAGUUCAUGAUCUGACGAAUCGUAAAUCUCAUACCAAUCUUGGUAAAUGGCUUAGUGAGAUUCUACAGAGAGAGCAGAACAUGGGAUCAGAGAGGCAUAGAACAAGUGUGAGUGAGUAUGACCCUGAGCAAUUUGCAGGCCACCAUACACCCAUCCUGGUGGUAGGAGUGAAGAGAGAUCAACUGGAUUCACAAAGACAAACCAAACUACAAUCUUCUUCAAUAGCGGAGGAAUGUGGAGCUGAUGAAAUCAAUUUAAAUUGUACAGAUGCCAAACACCUAGCACCAGGGACCACAAAUGCUGUUAAACUGAGCCGUUUCUUUGAUAAGGUGAUCUCUCGUCGUAGCGGCCAUAGUACUAGGGACGGUCCCAAAAAGGUUAUAGAGAGGAGGUACUUCCCUCGUGACACAUCUCAGGUUGGUGAAUAUUUAUACAACUGCUGAUCAUAAUCACAUGCAUAGUGGGCUGUACUACGUCCACGCAAGAGAGGAGACGGAUCAGUACAUCACAAUACAUGAAGACUCUUCAUACAGACUAGCUGACGACUCAAGUGCAAUCAUAUUAUUCAGACAGUAGCGAACACCUUUAAGAGACUUGAUCUGAAAUUUGGUGUGAAAAUUUCAAAAAGACUCUUUCUGACUGGAGAUGAACACCUUGGUUGUUAAAAAGAGGAUCAAAUCUGAAUGUCAGCUUUACAGUGUCAAGAAGAUUAACUCUCCAAUCAAUUAGGGAAGGAAUCUGGGCCCCGUCUUACAAAGAGUUGCGAUUGAUCCGAUCAAUGGCAACUAUGGAAAGCCAGCAACGUCAACAUCUAAAAUUACUUGUUUGUUCAAAAUAUUUUCAAGAAAUUAUGAAUAUUCAUACAUUCACUGUUUUCUUGACAAUUCAGUAUGCUUCUCUUUGUUUUCAAAGGACAUUGUGCAAAUUUCCUAAAGAAGUAUAAUGACAUUGAUGGAUUUCCAUAUACUUAAGAUUGAUCAGAUCAAUCGUAUCUCUUUGUAAGAUGGGGCCAUUGAUAGUUUGUAUGAAGUGCAGAUGAAUAUCUGAGCUAUAAGAAUUUACUGAAUUUGAGUCAGCUGACCAUUUAAGAAGUACAUGUACGUACUUUCCAAUUACGGAAGGGGUCUAGAUAGUCUUAUGUGCAGAAUAGAGAUGGACACUUAGCUGUAUAAAGAAGAGACUCAAAUCCAAAUUUUGAAUUGACUAUUUGGAAAAGUAUUACUUGGCAAGUGCCACAAAGGAUUCUGAUGGUUGUGUGAAAUACAGCUCAGCUUUAAGAAGAGACUUUGUCUGAAUGUUGGCUAUUACUCUGCCAAAUCCCUUUUUGGAUAGUGACUUUGUGAGAUGGGGCUGAACAACAGAUUCUUAAAUAUAGUUCAAUAUAAAGUGAUGAAUCAGGGACAACUCGUUCCUCGGGACAACUCGUACCGCGGGCAGAGUUCCACUUUUUUUUAUAUUUCAGCCAAAACAAAGUAAUAGAAAGUGAAGAAUAUUACCAUCAGACCAUAUCCCUAGAAAAUAGUUACAAGAAAUUUCGAAAUGACGAAAAAAUAAACACAAAUUUGUGAAAAAAAAUCACUAAACAGGUGGGACAACUCGGCCCGAGAUGUCCCGACCCCAAAGUGAUAACUUUUAUGCUGUCAAGUCUACAUGUACCAUUAAAGGCAAGAAGCUGUAAUGCCCUUUCAUUGCCUUGUUCGUCUGAUCACUUUUUAGUCGGCAUGAUGCAAGUCUGGUCAUCAAUCACUUGUCUAUAUGGUCAGCCUGAAAAGUCAAGUCGUUAUGAGUAUGUUUACUCUGCCCUUGUAACAGGGCUCAGCAGCCAAUCCAAUAUCAAGGUUUCCGUGAGAACAAUCAUUUUUUUCAGUUCAGAGAAGAUUCUCUGUAAUCGACGCUUUAUUAAUUUUUGCCCCAUACAUUAUACAACAAAAAUGCUAGAAUAGACUGCAAUCUUGAAACGCUUAUUGAAAAUAAGCAUUACCCUUAACUUGGAAUUGUACUCUUAAUGAAAUGGCUUAGGACACUUCAAUACCAUUGAGGUAUCAUUUUAAAAACUGAGAAUCCCCUUUUUCAGAAUCAGCCAUUUGAAGAAAAAUCAUAUUUGGUUACUUUUUAUCACCGUACAUUAUCAAUUAAAUUCUGAAAAAAAUCUUGCUUAUUCCAUGUUUCCCCCUGUUUGAUAUUCUUUUUUCAAUAGUUCAUUUUAUUUCAGAUAAAGUGAACAAAGGUUGGCCAGGUUUUGCCUAUACACGUACAUUUGGCAUUCAAAAUGUGAAAGUACCAUGCUGCAUAUAAGUACACGUAUUAUGCACAAUUUUGUGUUUGCAUCAUUGCUAUCCCCAUUCAACUUCACAUCCCACUACUGGUACCUAUACAUCAGUUGCGUCAGAAGAUAUAAUGGUUCUGCUGUUUCUAGAGCAAUUGUCUCAUUUAUAAUGUGCAUGUCGUGACCCAGGUCCAAAUCUGCUGAUUUGCAUAUUUACUAUUGGACUGCUAUGCAAGGACAGUACGACAAUACGCCAGACGGUGGCCUGUACUUGUAGAGAAGAAGGAUAUCACGAUAAUCUGCUUUGUGUUCAGGUGGGCGUUUCUUAAAGCCAUUUGUAAGUUGUGAGAGACUUUACAAACGACUGGUGAUCCUCUUUUUGUGGUAAAUGAUAUGUACACAACAGAUUUUCACUGAUGGUUUCGUUCAAAAGGGCCACCAGUCAUUCAUAAACUUAGUCACUCAUAUCUUCCAAAUAGCUUUGUGAAUCACCCACCAGGAAUGCAAUGUCAGCGGCAUGAAGCAAUGCAAGAUACUGAGCAUGCCUAAGCACAACUAACAUUGCCUGACAUAGCAACCAUUUGUGAUGUGCUUUUCCCCAAUUCAUCAGGAUGUUGGACAGGCAGCGUGUUUGCUUGUAGAUGCCAAGUAUCGCAGUGCUUCACUCCAAAUUACAUCUUGGCCGUAGAAACCCUACAGCCUUCAAGCUGCCAAAUUAUGGGGUUUUGUAGAUAAAUAGGCCCGUAUUCUGAAGUCGGGUUUAAUUAAAACUCAGCUUUAAAGUUGUGGUUAAACUACAUGUACAUGUAUGGAUAGCCAAUAGUUACAUAAAUCACUAACAGUAGAGAUAUCAUAUUUCAGCUCAUUUGGCUCUCAAAUCAUUCAUAAUUGUCUAGGAAGUACAAAUAGCUGAUUGUCUUCACCAUCGAUGAAUCAGGAAAGAGCACAGUAAACAUAAGAAACAUACAACUUAAUAAAAAUUUUGACACCUUUGGCUUCCCACAAUUUUAGCACAGAGUUAGACCAUGGCCUAAGUUAAACCCGACUUCAGAAUACAGGCCAUAGAGUUUAAUUAAGGUAACCUCUCUACAAGACAAUGUCAAUGUUUCUUUGUGUGUAGUCAGUUUGUACUGUACAUAGAUGGCCUUUACUGAUGUUAUUUUCCAUUAUUGUAUUAUUUGAUAUACAGUGAAUCAAAAACACAAUGAACAAGAUUGUAUUUAUUGAAAUAUGUUUUUAUUAAAGAAGUCAUGAUUCAUGGCAAUUUAUAUGU